AUGCAACAAAAGGCCUGUGUAGUGUACUCUACUGUAUGUUUUGAUGCAAGUUCGAUAUUCAGAAGGGAAAGGCGAAGGGGGGGGGAGACAUCAGAUAACAAGUCUGACUCGUACCAAAUAGACCCUGAACAGAGGAACCAUUUGCGCCAAAAAUAG